ACUCAGAGUCACGAACGUGUUGACAAGCUCGCGCUCGUUGCUACGGACGCCUCGCUCUUCGCUAACAAGAACGACGGAAACUACUUCCGGGUCAAGAAACGCAGCCGCGUACCCACGUGAAUUGUCAGAGGCCACAAAACGGACUCCGAUGAGGACGUGAUCUUUGUUGCUGAAAAGUGUGUGGCUAAAUCCCACGAGAUCGCCUUUGAUCAGGUAGUCAUUUUUUGGGGGGCGGGUGAAGCGACUGGCCCUGCAAAGAGACAUUGAUGAGCAGUCCCAGCCCAUCCAACCAACCAAACCCUUGACAAGCCAGACAACUUUUGCUUUGGAGAGGCCAGUGGAAAAGGUGAAAAUGAAGAUGGAGGAGGAGAAGAGCAAGGAGGGUUUUGUAAAGAAGCAGAAGAAACCCAAGAAAGAACAAGCCUCGCUGCCUAAAACUGAAAACUGUAACUUCAAUGAUGGAAGCCUUGAAGAGGUGAAAAAAGAAAAGAAGAAGGCUAAAAAAGUUGAUGCAGCGGUUACAGAUCUAGAAGAGGAGUCUUUGGGUGGAGGUGAUGAAAGGGAAUUGAAGAAGAAAAAGAAGAAGAGGAAAAUUGAAACUGAAUCUUUGAACAACGCCAAUGGUUUUGAAGUCAAGAAUGAAAAUGAUGGAGAAGUUAGCAAAAAGAAGAAGAAGAAGAAGCUGCUGGCAGAUGGUGGGAACCAAGUGGAAAGUUCAGUAAAUGAAGAAGUGGAAAAGAAACAGAGGAAGGAGAAGAAAUUAAAAAAUGUGUCUGUACAAACCAUAUCAGGAAAUGUAAAGACAGAGAAAGAGGAGGAAGAAGAGAGCGGCGGACUGGAUAAACUGCCAAAGAAAGCCAAGAAAGUAAAAAACAAUGCAUUAUUUGUAAGCACAGAGAAAACUGAAGAGGAACCCAGAGAAAAGAAGAAGAAGAAGAAAAAGAAAGCCAUCCACGAGGAGACUGCUGAAGCUGUGGAUGAAAUAAUCGUGACAAAAAAGAAAAAAAAAGCCAAAACAAACGUGACUGAGAGCCAACUGAAGUCAGAAACACCAGGGGGAGAGGUUAAAGAGGUAAAAAAGAAAAAGAAAAAAGGUGCAAAUGAAGUGGAGAGUGAGACUGUUCCCAUAGAAGAAGAUAAGACAGAGCUUAGGAUGAAAGGAAAAAAACACAAGAGUAGAAAAGCUGCUGCGGAGGUCGGCGAGGUUGAGGAGAUGGAGCCAAACAAGAAGAAAAGGAAAAAGGGAAACUCAAAAGGAGACGGGGAAGUGCAACAUUCCCUCAUAUGUGAAGAAAUUGAGGAGCAGAUUAGGGAAAACCUUGUCAUCGUAGCUGAGGAUACGACAAGGAAGACAAAGAAGAAGAAGAUCUCCAUUAAGGUGGAAGCGCAGGUGGAAGAUGUGAGUUUAGAAACUGGUGCAAAGAAGAAGAAGAAGAUGAAGAAAAAGGUUAAAGAAGAGGUGGAAGACCAGCAUGAGUCAGCCCAAGUGGACGUGGUGUUCCUGUCAGAGAAAUCUGGAAACAAAGAUGAGGUCAACAUCAAUCAGGAGAGAAGACAGGCUUUACAGAUGGAGGUUGACCAGGCAUCUCAACCUCAAAGACCAGCCAGACCUACGGGUUUGGGCCAGUGGAGCACCGCCCAGUUCAACAACUCUGACCAGCAGCAAAAGUUCCUCCGACUGAUGGGAGGCUUCAAAAAGGGUUUCCAGCCAGCUGCAGGAAGAACAGGAAGCACAAACAUGGCACUGGGGAAGGAUGCACAGCAGCAGUUGCAGCAAGGACUCCUGGGAGAAUUUGAACGCGCUCAGUCACGCAGGCUGGACUUCAAUAACAGGGGCGCAGGACUCGGGUUUUCUGCACCAUCCAAUAAGAAGUUCUCCAUUGAUGUCCAUGCAUGUCGAUCAGUUCGCUUUGAUGAUUGAUCAAAGUGUGUGUGUGUGUGUGUGUGUGUGUGUGUGUGUGUGUGUGUGUGUGUGUGUGUGUGUGCGCGCAUGAGUACUCUUUGAGAGAUGUGUGUGUGGAUGUACAAAGGUUGUAUCUUUUAUGUGUAGUUUUAACUGUAGAGUCCCACACUUAAUUUUUUUUGCUUAGGUUCAUUGGAAUGACCACACCUCACAACAGACCGCCAUUAUUACUUUUACAUAAAUGUAAGAUAUUGAACAUGCAAAACAAAAUGCCAUUUGCACAUAUUGUAUAUGGAAGAACAUUCUGCUUGAGGAGCUGGACUGUUUUUAUGAAAAACAUUGUAAGUGAACAUCAGUCAGAUAAACAUGUUUUCAGUCCCACUGUUUAUAGGUGAGCCAAGAUGUCCAUGUUGCAUUGAGAUGUAAUAAAUCCAGUGUGAACGCGA